CCGCACAGUUGAAACAUUUUCUGCAGACAUGUACUCGGAUGCAGACGAAACCCAAUUUAAUCAAUUGGUAAGAGUGGUCGAGUUCGAAAAAAACGGUCAAAAUUGCGGGUUUCAAUUGACUAGAGGAAAAUGGGAUCCAUACCCAUGGGUUAGUAACGUCGAUGAAAAUUCUGUGUCAAGUUCAGCUGGCCUCAAAACCGGAGAUUGUUUAUUAGAAGUAAAUGGUGAAGAUGUGAUUGGGCAAAAAAUCGCCGAAAUAGCUGAAUUAGUGAAAUCGAAACCUGACAAGGUUUCACUUUUAUUAUGGAAUGCAGGAGUCGAUCCACGAUGUUCGCCUGAGGCAUUAUGUUGUGGUCCCAUACCAAAUAACCUGACAAGACUCUCGGCAUGUAUGUCAACGGUCUUAGCUUUUCUGGAAUGUCCUGUAUGUUUGGAUACAAUACCUCCACCUUCUUACCAAUGUGAUAAUGGACACCUAAUAUGUAUGAGAUGUAGAGCUAAAUCUGAACGUUGUCCAGUUUGUAGACUUAGAUUGGGUAGAGGAAGAUCACUUUUGUCUGAUCAGGUGUACAAUGCUGUAAUUGAAUCCUUCAACCUAAAAGAUGAAACAACCUAUAUGAGAUCCCAAAAAAUUCAACAGAUUUUCAAACCAAAAAUUUGGAACAAAAACAUACCAAACAUCAAAGUUACCGAAUGCCAAACAAAUAAAUUUUUAUCGAAAAUUGUUGGGAAAUCCUCAUCUGUCGAUAAUCUUUCUUCUAGCACCAAAUUUUUAUCGCCGAGUAACAUUGAGAAUUUAAAAGUGAAAAGUGCAUCCUCUAGUGAAAUAUUUCAAGCAGAUACUCCUAGUGUUUCAAGAGUUGGUUCCAUGAAGAGACUUAGUAGACGAUUGAAUAACGGUGCUGCUAUGGAUGAUUCUUUAACUAAUAUUAGUGAUUUUAAUAGCAGACCUUCAUCUUUUCAUGAAUCUUUCAAUGUUUUACAUCAUCAGAGAUCGGAUGAAAACACAAGUUCUUUCAAUAAUAAUGAAUUAUCUUAUUAUUGUCCUUUUGAUUCACAAUGCAAGGCUUCAAUAAAAGGAGCAAAUAUUAUAGAACACUUCCAAACUAGCCACACAGGUCCUUUGGUGCAAUAUUUUGGAUCAGGGUUCCAAAUAGCAAUGAAAAAUCUGGAAAACGAAAUGUGUUUCAUAAUCAACAAUGACAUCAACAUGUUUUUUGUUAAAAUUAUCAAUAAAGCUCAAAAGAAAAACGAAAAAAGCGGGGAUCAAUAUGAUAGUUUGAUAUGGUGUUGGUAUGUAGGAUCAAAACAAGCUUCUAAAAACUUUGAACUACAACUAGAAGUCGGCACAAAAGAUUCAGAAAAUAUCCUAUUACGAGUAAGAAGCUCAGCGUUAUCCUUAAACUCGUGUUCUUUCUUUGAUGUUGAAGAUUUUAGCAAAGGAAUAUUUGUAAGCUCAAAAACUAUAAAGGCUUUUGAAAAUAUGGAUCAAAUUGUUUUAAAUAUUAGUAUAAGUUCUAAUGAUAUUUAAUAUAGGUUUUUGAAUCAUUGA